AUGAAGCUCGUUCCAACCAAGGCGUCGACGGACAUUGGCGAAGAUGCCGUCACCCUCCUGCCAGAGGACUCCGAGGACAUGUGGCACGCCUACAACCUCAUCAGUCCUGGCGACCUCGUUAUGGCGCACGCGGUGCGGAAAGUCGUGCAGGAGACAAAGACAGGCAGCACCAUCUCCGAGCGAGUCCACACCGUCCUCGCAAUACAAGUCAAGAGCACCUUCUUCGAUCCCAUCGUCGGCCAGCUGCAGGUCAGCGGCACCGUCAAAUCCGAGAAUGCCUACGUCAGCAUGGGCCAAUACCAUACCCUCGAUCUCGAGGUCUCGCGCCCCUUCACGAUAAGCAAACCAGAGGGAUGGGAUACGGUCGCAAAGGAGACGCUCUCCGAGAGUUUGUCGGACGACAAGGAUGGCGCCAUGGCAGCGAUUGUCAUGCAGGAGGGCAUCGCCAACAUCUGCCUCAUCAGCCAGUUUCGCACCGUCAUCAAGCAGCGCGUCGAGAGCAUCAUCCCCAAGAAGCGGAGCACCGCCUCUGAAACCUCCCAGGGCAUGAGGCGCUUUUAUGACAAAACCUUGACCGCUCUCCUCCGAACCGUCAACUUCGACAAGCCGAGACCGUUACUGCUUGCAAGUCCGGGAUUUGUCGCAACCGACUUCAAGAAGUACAUUGCAGAUGAAGGCAGAGACAAGGCUGACAAGAAACUUUCGGGGAUUGCCAAGGAGGCCAUCGUCAUCCACACAAACUCGGGUCAUGUUCACAGUCUCAACGAGGUCUUGAAGAGUCCGGAGAUGGGCAACAAGCUGAAGGACUUCAAGUUUACAAAGGAGACAAAAUUGAUGGACCAGUUCUUCGAGAGACUUCGGUUAGAGGACGGACGGGCGUGGUAUGGAGCGUCGGCGGUGACCAAAGCCGUCAAUGAAGGUGCCAUCGGCCCUGGCGGUGGUGUCCUCAUUAUGAACAACUCGCUGUUCCGCAGCUCUGACAUUCCGACAAGGAAAAAGUAUGUGGGGCUGGUCGAUAAGGUCAAGGCAGACGGUGGCGAGGUCAGAAUCCUCAGCAGCGACCACGAGAGCGGUCAGAGGCUCGACAUGCUGGGCAGCGUCGCCGCCAUCCUGUCAUACCCGAUUCAUGACCUGGACGACGACGAGGAGGACGAUGACGAGGCCACUGGUGGUGAUGCUGGCGGAGGAACGAUCAUAUGA